AUGACCUCGGACAAACCUUUCAACAUUAAAAAUGUGGCCAUCAUUGGCGCAGGUCCAGCAGGUCUUGCUUCUUUAUACGAAUUUCUACACACCAACAAAGAUGGCUCUUCCACUAUAUCAAACCCCAAACUCCCACAGCUGAAUCUAAACUACCCGCAAUCACAGGAUCCUGCAUUUGAGAAAAUUGUUGUUUUUGAACAAAAAAACCAACCCGGUGGGAUAUGGGCACCUUCGAACUUUGAGGCAGAUUAUCCUGUACCUCCACAACUGAUUAUGGAUAAAGAGCAGUAUCACAAUCCUGAACAAAUUAGACCAAGGAAUACAAUACCCGAGGAAAUCAAAGGCGCUACUUAUGAAAAACCCUUUAUCGAGGAGAAAAAGAAUAUUGAUAAGAACCAUCUUCAAGGAAGUUCAAAAAUUGGGGAUACUGAAUUUGUUGAGAAACAACGAAAAUUGAUAAAUGAGUUGCAAUGGAGCAGGUCUGGAAUCUUUUCAUUUUUAUUCACAAAUAUCCCACAAAGGAUUACAAGGUAUAGUUAUAUGAAGGACGAACCAGAAUAUCACGAUAAAACAAGGAAAAUUUACCCAUUCAUGACACAUCAAGAGUUGACAAAUAGAUUCACUAAUUUUAUCGAGCAAGAAGAUUUGCUCAAAUAUAUCAGGCUAAGCACCUCAGUUGAAAAUGUUCACAAGAACAUAAAGACAGGGAAAUGGGUGGUGACCGCUAGACAAAGAGGUUCUUCAACUGAUGGACUCGAUACUUGGUACCAAGAAGAGUUUGAUGCCGUUGUUAUUUCCAAUGGCCAUUUUAAUAUCCCAUUCAUUCCCCACAUAAAAGGGCUUGCCCAAUAUAAUGCCAAUUUCCCCAAUCGAAUUUUGCAUGCAAAAAACUUUAGGGACCCAAAAGAGUUUACUAAUAAGGAUGUCUUGAUUAUUGGCGGUGGUGUUUCCACUACAAAUGUAUUGCAGUAUGUGGUUCCUGUUGCAAAAUCAGUAGCAAACUCAAAAAGAGGCGAGCAAAAGGUGUUCAAGUUCAUUAAUAAAGCAUUAGUUUCAAAAGGAAUUGAACCGAAACCACCAGUAGAAUAUGUAGACCCAAUUACGGGUCUUUUCCAUUUUCAGGAUGGUACUCUGGCAGAAUUUGAUAAAGUCAUUUUCUCAACCGGUUAUCACUAUUACUUUCCAUUUCUUGACUCUAGUGAAUACUUGCUGUUGAAUAACCCAGGAAAUUACUCACGCGUGGGUGGAUUAUUUCUUCACACUUUUUGCCAGAAAGAUCCAACAUUGGGUACCGUUGGUGUAUGUCAUUCACAGUUCAAUUUCCAUACCAUUGAGGCAAGUGCUGCUGCUCUAGCAGGAGUUUGGUCGGGGGCAACACACUUGCCCGAUAUCAAUCAACAACGGAAAUGGGAGGAGGAUCUAUUGAAGGAAAAGGGAAACAACAUUCUGUUCCAUAUAUACAACCACUACAAUGCAAAAGUGUUUGUCGAUUUGGUGAAACCGUAUUUUCCAAAAGGAAGGUACGACCCAUUAAUAUUUGAUGGUGAAUUCGCUAGUGAUGUUGAUAUUGGCUUCGACCAUCUCGAAAAGCUAUUCUAUGGAUUGAAAGAUGGUACAAUCACCAUUGAAGAAACCAAUGAUUGGGAUCUAUCGAAUGGAGUGAGCAAGGCAAAUUUUCAUGGAUGA